AUGGCUUCAGACAUGCGCGAUUGGCAGAACUCCAAUGUAAUUGCCAAUAUGGAGAUACAAGAAGCCGCCGCUCGUGGUGAUGCGACAGAAGGCCAUGGAGCAGAAAGAGAGUCACGACGCAGCGAUGCCACUACAACCACAGAUCCAGAAAUGGCAAAAUCGAAUCGUAGUAGCGGCUCGCACUGGGGAUCGGAACCUGGCUUUGAGCAAAUUGAUGGCGACGUGGAAGGGUGUGGUUAUAAUGAGACAACUGUCGACAUCAUUGCGGUUCCAUGCAUCGGCGCCUCGCCUAUCGACACUUGGGCGCGAGACCCUCUCAGCGAGGGUUAUUUCACAUUCCCGCCGACGAACGAACUGGAUAAGUACUCCACCGUCAAAGAGUUGCCAGGUAGUAGCGUCCUAACGCCGACCAUCAAUCGCGUCCUGCCAAAGGCCAAUCAUAUAUGGAUUCGCCAGGGGAUCAGAAGGGAAGUUAGCAAGGCUCGCGUUAUGCUCUAUCGACACCGCGAAUUGGCAGAGGGGAUGACUAUCGAGACGGCUGCCGAUGAUCUCAUUGAGCAGCUAGUCAAGAUGCGCACAGGUCUUGAGAAAGCUCGCCCCAUCUUCUUCAUCUGUCAUAGUAUCGGCGGACUGGUGGUUAAAUUAGCUCUCGUCAAGGCAAGGAAGCGCGACGAGUUGCGACCGCUCGUGUUCGACUGUCACGGAAUCACAUUCUUCGCCACCCCUCAUCGCGGCUCGAGUUAUCUAUCGAUGCCAAAUCUUAGAGAGAGCAUCCAGCAUCUGCUGUUCUUGGAAAAGCCACUCCCCAGAUCCAUCACCGAUGAACUUCGCUUAGGCUAUAAGCCACUACUGAAGCUUCAUGACAAAUUCAUCGAUGUUGCUAGCGAGCUUCGCGUCUGGACCUUUUACGAAACUGUUGACUCUCAACUUUCCGGCCUCGGAAGCUACGACUUCGACGAGGUUCAUUUCAGCGCACCGAUUACUUCGAUCAAGUCUGGUCUUGUUGGCUUACGGACAGAGCAAGCAUUAUCUCUCGAGAGUGAUCAUGCUCACUGUGCUUCAUUCGGUCCUCAAAAUCUUCAUAUCAUGCACUCGUUUCUAUAUGAUCUCGGCGCAGCAGUUCGUAAAGCCGAACUACUCAGUUCUUCAUUCAUACACACUCCAUUACGCCUAUCCAGUAAAGUAAAAGUUGAGCUCAUAGGCUUUUAUGAUGAUCCAGACGGUGAAGCGGACCGGAGCAUACGGCUAUACAUCUCAAAACAUUACCUUAAUGAGUUCCUAGAAAAGGGACUGGAAGAUUGCCUACGGGAACGGAUGAAAACGAUGGCCCCGAAGAUCCGACGAGCUGUUCUUCCCCCAUCCCGACGCACUGCCGGUAGUCCGCCGAGGAUAUCUGGUGUCGGAAGUGUCGUCUGGAGCGGCGUGCGUGGAUUUGGUCAGAGAAUACUAGGAUCAUCCCAUUCCAACGAGGAAUCACGGAGCCCAGAACGUGACAUACCACAUCAACAGUCUCCCGAAAUAGUAGUAACAAGCCAUACGCCUAGACGGCCGUCUCUCGCGGGCGCGACGUCGGAACCCCUGCCGGCUGUUAACGUUUCUCCGACAAGAAGCAGAGGGUUAACCAUACCCUCUUCGGCGACUUCUGGGCUUUCUCAUGCACCUAGUGGGUCGAGUAAUGAAAGUGUCAGAUCUAGUAUCGAUGAUGUAUUGAGAACUCAGUCCGAGCCUAUCGCGGCCGAUACUUCGCCAAAGACAACUGAGAGUCGCCAGGGCCGCGAUAGCGGGCAGACAAUAGGUGAAAUACCUAUUUCCGAAGAAGGGAGAUCUGAUACCGGACGUAAGAGUCGUAGAGAACAGGUGAGCCGUGCUGCAUCGUGGCAAGACCUUACAGCCGGGUUUUCACGACCGAAUCCAAUGAAGAGGAAAUUCAUGUGGGUUCAUUUACCAUUCAACAAUCCAUAUUGGGUAAAGAGUAUAUUUGACAAAAUGUCCGAGAGCCAAGACCGGAGCUACUCCAAACUCCUUAGCAACGACUACUGGGCCAGCAAGCAUGUGCAAGGCAGACGUGCGAACUGGCAUGUUUCGUAUGUGAAGCCAGGAUGCGCGUUCGUCCCAGCGGAAACAACAGGCGCGCCUCGGUCCCCAUCCCCUGGGAAGAGUGGAAGAAGUAUCAGCCCCAACGUAUCUCCCGCACACUUCUAUCUCUAUCUUCCCUACCUCCAUUAUGACACCUACAUUAACAUUAUCGCGCGCCGUAAUAUCAUCAGGCGUCGGAAGAAACACGGAAGAGCCAGACCAGUUCCAAAAGACAUAGCCGAACUCGAGUCGCUAGAAUCUCGCGUGAUCUGGGAAUUCAUCGGGCACGACCCCCCGCUCAAUUGUCGGAGAACGCUAGAUCAGUAUGGCUAUCCAGCGCUUCAAGACACCUGGGCCCGUGAUGACGAUCAGAUGUUGUACAAGCUGACCAGAGAGAGGAUCAUGGACCCGUUGAAACGCAAGCGAGAUAUGUAUCACGCGGGCGAAGACCUGUCGAGCGCUGUCUCUCCGGCUAGUCGAUUAAUCUCAGUAGCAGAGAAGCUCGGCAGACCCAAUGGCACAAAGGGUGACGAGGAAAACGAAUCCGACGGAGACGCGGAUAUUAUCAACGGGAAUGUCCUGAUGAUAGACCAGCUAUGGCUUUGGGCCGUUGAUAAUACUACGCUAUUAACCUUCUUCCCCAAACGAGAAUCUCACCCGAUAGAAGGUCCCAUGUUCCAGCAAGCAGAUCUCCGCAACAGCAUCUACAACGAGCUGAACGGCGAUCUCACAGGUCGAUGUGAGAAUGUGUUAGAUCUAGCCGCUUUCGUCACUCUUCACGCGGUGACAGUCCUCCUAGACCGGGCUGCCCACCCGGACCUCGACAUAUUCCGAAUUUUCGAUGAAGCCAUUGGAAUAUUAACCGAAAGAAUGACCUCCUCGCUCAAGAGAUUCCGCAUGGAAUCCUACAACAAAACGCACUCAGACUCGGACUCAGACACGGACGACCCCGACGACAACCGCACGGAAACCAUCAAGAAGCGGCACAACCGCGAAGUCGAGCGCGCCGAGCGCCAGAACCGCGAAAUCACGUCCGCCGUCCUGGAGCUGCGCGACAUGGAAGACGAGCUGCGCACGCUGCUGAAUCUCUUCGCGGAGCAGCAAGACGUGAUUAAGAAGAUGCGCACCGGCUCGCAGUAUUCAGACGUCGCGACGCUGACCGAUUACGGACGCGAGUAUCUCAAGGAAGCACUGCAGCGCCUAGACGAGUACGAGAAACAAGCGCACGACAUGCUGGCCCGCGUCGACGCGACACGAAAAGACUUCGAGAAACUCCAAGGCAUGAUCCAGCGCCAAGCCCAAGUCGACGAAGUCCGGUGGUCGCGUCUGCAAGCCGAGCUCGCGAGCUCGCAGAACCUGUCGGUGAUGAUCUUCACGACCUUCACGGUGAUUUUCCUACCGCUCAGUUUCUUCACCAGCCUCUUCGGCAUGAACACGCAGGAAUGGGGCGGGCCGGACGAGAACAACUUCCCGAGCCUGAAGCUCAUCGGGGCUAUAUCGCUCCCCGCCUCCGCCUUCCUAAUAGCAAUAACCCUCGUAGCCGCCUUCAGCGGACGCAUACAGGGUCUAAUCAAGCUGAUAUACCGGUACUUCGAAGCCUUCGAGGAGCUAUGCUACCGCCCGAUCAACGGCGCCGCCGACCGCCUCGGGCGGCUGCGCACGAAGUCCUCCAGGGAAUCCGCCGCGAAGCGCAAGCGCCUGAAGGCCCUCGAGAAGAAGCGGCUGCAGCGCGAGCGCGAGCGCGGGUACGAUUUCUGGGGCGCCAUGCGCGCCGAACGGCGGAGCGAGUACGAGAUUCCCGAGAUCAAUCGCAAGAGGGCUAUGCGGAGCCGGGUCCCUGGUCGGGGGACGUGGGGGAGGUUCGUGGGUGAUGAUGGGCGGUAG